AUUUUAAAGUUUCGUUAUCAUGGUUACAAAGGCGCCCAUUUGAAAAGGGAUUUUGUAAUACUAACAACAAGCUCUCACAAAUGCUACUCUACAUACUCCCCUAGUGUAUACCAAGUACCACCUGGCUAGACGUGAACCUCUUCAUAUGGUCAGAAUGAGAAACAUAGAUCGGAAGGAAUUUUUAUUUGAAAAUCCUGUUAAUGAUAUACCUAUGGACGUAAGACGAGUGAAACUGAUCAGUCAAUCAGAAUGGAAACGUUUAAAAAACAAACUGGAUAGUAAUUUGAAUGAAACUUCUAGAAUAGAAGAGAAGAAGUUACAGAUUGAAAAAAUUAAAACACAGUCAAGAGAAAUUGUAAAAAAAUGGACAAAUACACUUUUGGGAUCAAGAGAAAAGAAGCUUGAAGAUCGUUCUAAUCGUUUGGCCGAUGAGGAAAAAGUUAGAAUGGCCAUUGAUCGUAAAGAGGAGAAAUUCCAAGUGGAACAAAGAAAGAAAGCUGUCGAUAAAGCGAAGCAGCAAUUAUAUUACGAAACGGAUCGUGUUCGAUCAUUACAUUCAGGCUUAAACCUAACAGAAACUUUGAAAGAACGUGAUAUGCAACUGAGAUUUAAACAUUUCAAAAAUAAAUCAGAAGUGAACAAAGGAAAAAUAUAUCUCGAAACGAUGCGGAAAAGUAUUGAAGGAGCUAUAAAGAAAGAACUAGAUGAAGCUGAAAGAAGACAUGAGAAAAAUUUAUUAAAUGCUCAAGAAUUAAUAGCACAAAUAAAAGAACAUGAGAAACAGAAAAAACGUCGUAAAGAACAAAUAUCGGCUGAAGGCGAAGCGUUGAGAAAGAAUGCAACAAUUGAUUUAUUAGAACGUGAGAAGCUCGAUCAAAUCUAUCGUGAUCAGAUGAGAAAACUAGCAAAAGAAUUUCAAGACCAAAUUAAUGGUCAUAUACAAAUGAAGGAGAUUGAAAAAUUAUGUGAUGAAAAAAUUGAAGAACAAUGUCGGUUGUUUGCAGCAGCUAAGAUCAAAAUGACAAAAAUGCGUAUCAUGAAGGAACGUGAUAUGUUUCAACAAAAAGAAGCCGAACUACAAAAAAUACAAGAAUAUUUAUCAGAGCAAUUGAAAAAUGCACAAACCAAUGAAGAAGCACGUUUAAACAGAGCAACAACAGAAAAGGAAGAAAAAUACCAACGAGAUACAAAAGAAAAAUAUGACAAACAACUGAAAAUUAUCCAAGAAAUCAAUGAAUAUAGAGUGAAUGAAAUAGAAAGACGUAGAAAACGAUCAGAAGACGAGAAACAAAUAGAAUUAUGUGAAAUACGUGGAAGGAUAGCGGCUGAAUUGGCAUUAACUGAAUAUGAAAAUGCAUGUAAGACAAAAAAACUGGAAGAACGAAAGCAAUUAUCACGACAGUUACUGCAGGAAUCAGUAAGUUUGAUUGUUGAACAUGAGUUGAUUGUACAGUUAGGCAUAAGAGUCAUUUCUUGCAGACGCCCGCUAUACUAUACAUAAAGAACCCCAUCGACAUUCAGAAGGUUAUUUGUGCACUUUUUUUCUAUUUCAGCAUUUAAUCAACUUUUGUCAGGAUAUAGGCUUCUUAAGAGAAUGCAUAGAUAUUGCCUGUAUUUACAGUGUGAACAACAACACUAAGGUGUUGGUAAAUGCUUAUGAUGCUCCCUAAAUUGGUUAAAAUGUACCUUUCCUAAUAUAUAAUCACAGAUUGUUCCAUUUAACGGUCCAUUUUUCUUAUAGAAUCGUACCUGUUUUAUUGAUAUGUUGGGUAACAAUUUUAGAAAGUUCAAAAACGAAGUACUUAUAUUACUAUAUAUCAGUGGGGUUCAUAUUUAAAUUGAAUAAAAUAUGUAUUCACUAUAUGUUUGAUUAUAAAAUCUGGAAAAAAAUAUCAAACUCAGUUCAAAUUGGUUCACAAGAAAUAUAAGAUUGGACAAUCUAGAAAUCCAACGUAUUUCUGGUGCUACCCUAUGUAAAUAAAAGAUCAAUGUUUCAUUCAAACAUGGUUAAUAUGAGUUUUAGUUAAUUCAGUUAUGGCUGGCUAUAAAAUCCAAGUCGAUUCAUCCUGUCUGAAACUCGUCAGAUGGUUGACAUAACAGUAUAGUAUAGCAAGGUUAUAAAUAAAUUCAACAGACGAAGUAAAAUAUUGUAAAUACAGCAUCGAUAACAAAGAAAAAAUCAGAGGGUUAGAAACACGGAGCUUAAACAAGCGAUUGACAAGAAGAAAGACAUGUUUCUCUUUCUUGACAUUGUCAUACAACCGAGAGCAGACGGAGCAGUUCGAUGUUCGAUUUAUCGAAAAAGUACUUGUUAUGAUCUUUACUUUAAUUUCAAUAGUUUUUUCCUAGUCAGUUUCAAGAAAGUAUCGGCGACAACACUAUAGAGUAGGAAGGAUAUAUACCCCCGAAAAACUGGGAGAAGAAUUAAUAAACGCUGUAAAAUGGCUAGGAGACAACUGUCGCUCACAGAAAUUUCCUGACUACACAUGAGAAUUUAUUAACACUACAAUAUAAAUCCACAACAGAUAGAACCAUUGGUUCGAAAACUACUUGUCAAGACACUAAAUUAUGGAUAAAUUAUCUGGUCAGUUGGGAAGUGUGAAUAUAUUGAGCUAGUUGGCAACUGAUUUAGGGUAAUCAAAUAACUAGAUGCGCGUGUAUAAUUUACAACAACAAUAUAUUAAACUGUAUUAAUUAAUAAAAUUAUUGAGUCGUAUAUAUGCUUCUUCGCUAACACUAAUGCCUUAUUCACUGAGCUGUUUGUUAUGACUUAUGGCCGCUCACUAAUAUCACAUGACGAAACCACCAUUUAGAAUAUGUAUUCCUAUGACGUUCCCUGAGUUAAUCAAUGAUACGCCAACCAGCAUUGGUAGCCUCGAAUAACUGAUAAACACUUAUUGGCUGUGAGUAGGGGAUACUGCGAAUUGAAAACUACUCUAAAUAACGCGAUCACUGAACAUCUCUUCGAUGCAGAACAUCAGGUUGAUACUUGGAAAUCUUUCAAGGUGACCAAUGAAUAACCAAGAUCAAAACUUCUGACGUUUGCUGAAGUCAUCGCUACCAGGCGUCGGAAACCUGAUUUAUGUGUUUAAAAGUGGAUGACCGUUAGUUGUUAUUUGCUUUGAUGACUCGCUUAUUCACUACAUAAAAUUUUUUCCAACUCUGAAUUAGUCACAUCAUUACGUCAUUUCAUUUUGACUGUCUUCUAGACUAGUGACUUCAAUCUAGCUAAAUGGGU